AUGAAUGGAACGGAAGGCAUCAAUUUCUAUGUGCCACUCUCCAAUAAAACAGGGCUGGUGCGUAGCCCCUUUGAAUAUCCUCAGUAUUACCUAGCUGAACCCUGGAAGUACAAAGUUGUGUGCUGCUACAUCUUCUUCCUCAUUUUCACCGGGCUGCCCAUCAACAUCCUCACCUUACUUGUGACCUUCAAACACAAGAAGCUACGGCAGCCUCUCAACUAUAUCCUGGUUAACCUGGCAGUAGCAGACCUCUUCAUGGCCUGUUUUGGCUUCACUGUCACCUUCUACACAGCAUGGAAUGGCUACUUCAUUUUUGGUCCCAUUGGGUGUGCCAUUGAGGGCUUCUUUGCAACGCUGGGAGGUCAGGUUGCUCUCUGGUCCCUGGUUGUCCUAGCCAUAGAACGGUAUAUUGUCGUCUGUAAACCCAUGGGCAACUUCCGCUUCUCUGCCACCCAUGCCUUGAUGGGCAUUUCUUUUACUUGGUUUAUGUCCUUCUCCUGUGCAGCUCCACCUCUCUUGGGUUGGUCCAGGUAUAUACCUGAGGGGAUGCAAUGUUCCUGUGGUCCUGACUAUUACACUCUCAACCCUGAUUACCACAAUGAGUCCUAUGUCCUUUAUAUGUUUGGCGUCCACUUUGUUAUCCCUGUGGUUGUCAUCUUCUUUUCCUAUGGGCGACUCAUAUGCAAAGUUCGAGAGGCAGCUGCUCAGCAGCAGGAAUCUGCCAGCACUCAGAAGGCAGAGAGAGAAGUUACUCGCAUGGUGAUUUUGAUGGUGUUGGGAUUCCUCCUUGCCUGGACCCCCUACGCAAUGGUAGCAUUCUGGAUCUUUACUAAUAAAGGGGUAGACUUUUCUGCUACACUCAUGUCAGUGCCUGCCUUCUUCUCAAAGAGUUCCUCCCUCUAUAAUCCCAUCAUCUAUGUCCUCAUGAACAAACAGUUCCGUAAUUGCAUGAUUACCACAAUCUGCUGUGGCAAGAAUCCAUUUGGAGAUGAAGAUGUUUCAUCUUCUGUUUCCCAGAGCAAGACUGAGGUAUCUUCUGUCUCUUCCAGCCAGGUGUCACCUGCAUAGGCUAUGGACAGUUUGACUUUCGGUGACCUGUCAGAAACUGGACCAAGAAAUAGAAAUGGGCUCAUUCACAGGGUGUCUGAUCCAUAAGAUUUUCUCAUUCAAUUAUUCCCAUAUGCACAAAUGUUGAAUGCCACACACAGACAGACGUGCUCAGUGUAGCAUUCCCCUUUCCAGAUAUCUAGCUAUACAAACAAUGUAUGUAAUCUCCCUCUGUAAUAGCUGACACAUGUUCAUAAGCCUUUGUGCAAACAUUCCUUUGGGUAAAUAGAUAUAUCUGUCUUUACCCCAGAUCUAUAGAAGUCAUGAUGUCCAUCAUGGGCAUAUGAGAUGUUCUGCAUUUCAUUACAAUGGUGACAGUUCUGUCAAUUCAUUCACUUUCUUUUCAGGGACUUAGUUUUUUUAAGAGAACCUUUUUACACAGAGGGAGAUAAAAGCCCUGUCUGCUCAUUUGUACAUGUAAAGAAAAAUAAAUAAAUAAAAUGUCCUUUAGGUUGCUGGAUGCUGGUGAUUGUCAAGGCUGGGGUCAAACUAUUUAUGUGCUUUCGAUUUUGCAUAUAUCUGUCUUCUUUUAACGCAAAAGUUAUAUAUGUGUGAGGCCAAACUCGAUACAUGACGUCUGCAUCAAAGAUGACAUGGGGAACCAGCUUUUCCCAAUCAGCAAUCUUAUAUACAGGCUAUUAGAUGUUCCAAGGGGCCACACAGGGUUGAAGUUUUGAGACUGGGAAAAGUUGUUAGCAGGACAUGUGAAGCACACCUGAAUACCAAUAAGGAAAUUGUCGACCAGGGCUGUGGGUGCAAAGAAGACAGCUUGCUUUCAGUGAGUCUGUUUCCAUCAUACUUCUGUGCAUGAAUGAAUAUGUUUUUACAGAAAUAUGAAUGCAUUAGUGUGGAUAACAAGUGAAACCAUAAUAUUCUACAUAGCUAGCAGAUGGCCUCCUAUGCAUAAUGCUUUUUUUUUAUCAAGAACCUUUUACUAAUGUACACUGUUUGAGCUGUACUUCCAUCACUGACUUGCACACCUUCCCAUUUCUCUUCUAAAAUGGGCUGGAAGAUGACAGCCCUCUUUAGACAGAAGUGAUGCAGGACAACUUUGGUCUUCAGACUUCCCUUUUGUCACUUCACAAUAGAACAAAAAAAGCACCAGGGAAGCAAUGAAAUCACAGUCAAAAACCAUUUUUUACCCUUCAAUGGGUUUUACAACUAAGGAAAUGAUGGAAUUCAGCUUAAAAGCUGGCUUUGAUUUUAAUGCCUCUCAAUUUCAACACAGUGUUGAAUCCCUCUCCACACCACACACAUUAAAACAAGACAAAACACUGGGUAAAUGAUGUCCUGUUGAAAUCCUAUGCAUGGUUGUUAUUUCCCCUAAUAGAUUCACAUUCUGUUUCUGGAAAGUUGCUUUUGGCUUGUAAGCAAGCACUGUAACAAAGGUGCAAAGACAGAUUUCAGAAUCAAAUUUGAGAAUUCACUUAGCAUGUAUAGAAGAUGUGUCCAUCAAAUGGUAUAAAAUGUCAGUUUGUCAUGGCAUGUGAUUUUACUCACCAAUAUUUAGUGAGUUUUCUUUUGUGGUUGGCCAUUUGAUUACACAUAUAAGUUUGGUAUUUCUGAGGGAAUUGUAUUGUUGGAGGAAAACAUGUUAAUCACAAGAAUGUCCCUUCACAUUAAUGACUAAUUUGACCCUUAAGCAACAGACUGAACAGUACUCAUACAUGGACUUUGUAUAUGAUGCCGUCUCUUUUAUCUUGGGUUUGCUGCUGGUGUGAGUUUACUAUGGUCCUUGGAUGUUGUUGGCAAGUUCAAACAAAGAAACCCACUUCCUAUUUGUAUUCUCAGCCGGAAACAGACCUACAGUGAACAGAGUUCCUUCCACAAAAGUCUCUAGUCUAGGUUUUUUUGUACUUUGAAGACUCAUGAAGUGACAAAGUGGUCUAAAUCAAAUAACUAGUCCCACCUAGACUAGGCUUUUUGAAGUAAUGUGAUUUAACAGAUAACUAUUAAUUUACCACUCUGCAGUUGGUUCAAAUGGGUAUGUUGUAGCUGGGAUCAACAAUUAGGGUUAGACCACUACAUGCAGAUCAUGAAAACCUCAAAGAAUUGGUGGACUGGAUUCUUGCCCCUCUUUUUCUUUCUGGGCUGUAUUCUCUGUAUUUCUGAACUUCCACAAGAUUUAAUGGCUAUUGCAAAGGCAUACUCUUGUACCAAUAAAGCAUGGAGCAGUGAAUCCCAUCUGUCCCUGUCCCUGUCACUCUUUCAAAAGCAUCAGUGAAUACAAAGCCCUCUGAGUUGUGCAUUCUUGCUAAAUGUAUGGACCAUGGAAGUCAAUGUAUAUAUCCCUUAUAAAUCAUAAUAACACAUGGAGCUGUGAGAGGAUCUGAGUCUUGCAGCAGACUCUAUAUUUUCAAAAUGGGUCUACAGAUAAUGUUUGGUCUUGGAACCUGUAAAUAUUUGCUUGCAGAUGUUGAAACAGCAAGCUUCACAUCCCUCUCCUACCCUUAUCCCUCCCAAGGCAGAAUAAGUACUUUUUUGCGUUGACUUUUGGUUUAUGAGCCCAACAGACUAUAAAGGCUGGGAUGACUGCUGUGGCAAUCUUCUGUACAUAUUUUAUAAAUAUCAGUAUGAUGACUUUGUAAAGUUGAAAUGUAGAGAUUUGGAAAAAGAAUAAACACCAUGAGCACAAAGGA